GUCCCCAUCCCACGGAUGUCCCCAUGGUGUCCCUGCACUGUCUCCUCAGAGGUGCCCUGGGUGACACCACGGUUGGCCUCCCGCACCCCAACGUCCCUGCGCAUCACCUGGCCCCAGCCCCUCGUUCCUCCUGAUGGCUACCGGGUGACACUUGUCCCCCUGGAUGACCCUGUGGCCAUGACAACGCACGAACUGCCCAGCUCUGCUGUCGCCUUCUCAGUGACAGGGCUGUCUCCAGGCCGCCCCUUCGAGCUGCUGGUCCAGGCCCGGCGGGGGCCGCACCUGGGGGCACCCGGGGUCCUGCGUCUGCGCACAGCACUCAUCCCGUCUGUGCCUCACUAUGAGGGGUCCCCAGGGUCGCCUCAGGGCUCCCUGGGGUCCCCAGCAGUGGCACCAUCAGUCCGAGGGCCCCCAGAGUCCCCAGGAUCCCCAGGGUCCCUGGGGUCCCCAGGGUCACAGGUGUCACCCAUAUCACCAGACUUGUCCUUGGGGUCACCCGGGUCUUUGGGGUCACCAGCACCCCACAAGGUUCCAGCAUCUCCAGUAGCUCGAGGGUCCCUCGGAUCCCCAGCACCUGCAAGGUCAUCAGUGUCACCAGAAUCCCCAGAGUCACCAGCAUCACCAGAAUUCCCAGGAUCAUCAGUGUCACCAGAUUUCUCAGUGUUCCCAGAGUCCCCAGAGUCUCCAUUGUCCCCAGAGUCCCCAGAGCUGCCAUGGUCCCCAGAGUCCCCAGUGUUUCCAGGGUCUCCUCCACCCCCGUGGUCCCCAGUGUCCCCGUGGCCCCCACUGUCCCCAGGCAUCCCCUCCCUGCAGGACCUGGUGGCCCGGCUCUCCACGUACAGUGGAUCCCUGCUCCAGCGUCUUGAGAGCCACCUUCGGGCCACCAACUUCCCACUCCGUGGCAACCAGACAGUGCCAGGGGUGGCCCGUGCCAUCCUGGCCUACAUCCUGCGCCGGCACCCAACCCUUGGGAGAGGACAGGGACCCACAGGGGAAAGUGGAAACCAGGAGCCAGUGCUGGAAUGGGGGGACAUGGAUGGGAUGAAGCUGACAGAGCCAUGGACGGACGUGGGGAAAACAGUCAAAACCGAGCCAGAAGAGCUGCAUCCAUCCCGGCCAGUCCUGGGUGACCUCAGUGUCACCAGCAUCACCCCCAGCACCAUGCAGCUGCAGUGGAAUGUCCCUGAGGGCUCCUUUGACUCCUUCAUGCUGCAGUACCGGGAUGCCCAGGGCCAGCCCCAGGCUCUGCCCAUCGAUGGCAGGUCCCACUCAGUGACAGUGCCGGGGCUGUCCCCAUCUCACCGGUACCGCUUCCACCUCUAUGGGCUGCGGGGUGAGAAGAGGAUCGACCGUGUCUCCAUUGAUGUCAUCACAGCUGCAGAAGAGCCAGAGGAGCUGUCCUUGCCCUCAGAGGAGCCCCAAGAGGAGAAGUCCCAAACUGAGGCCCCUGCAUCUGAUGCAUCCCCAGCACAGGCAGCACUGGGGGAGCUGAGAGUCACCAGCAUCAGCCCUGGCUCUGUGCAACUGCAGUGGAGCAUCCUUGAGGGCUCCUUUGACUCUUUCAUGCUGCAGUACCGGGAUGCCCAGGGCCAGCCCCAGGCCCUGCCUGUUGAUGGAGAGUCCCACUCAGUGACAGUGCCAGGGCUGUCCCCUUCCCGGCGGUACCGCUUCCACCUCUAUGGGCUGAGGGGCAGGAAGAAGAUUGAUCAUGUCUCCACCGAGACCAUGACAGCUGCAGCAGAGACAGAGGAGCAGCCCCUGCCCUCACAGAAGCCCCAACAUAAAAAACCUCGAACUGAGUCCCCAGCAUCUGAGGCACCCCUUCUGCAGGCGGUGCUGGGAGAGCUGAGAGUCUCCAGUGUCACACCCAGCUCUGUGCAGCUGCAGUGGAAUGUCCCUGAGGGCUCCUUUGACUCCUUCAUGCUGCAGUACCGGGAUGCCCAUGGCCAGCCCCAGGCCCUGCCCAUCGACGGGAGGUCAGACUCAGUGAUGGUGCCAGGGCUGUCCCCAUCUCACCGGUACCGCUUCCACCUCUACGGGCUGCAGGGUAGGAAGAAGAUUGACCAUGUAUCCACUGAGGCUGUGACAGGCGCAGAAGAGCCCGAGGAGAUACUCCUUCCCUCAGAAGAGCAAAAACAUGAGAAACUUCAAACUGAGAAGCCCCCAUCUGAGGCCCCCAUGGUGCAGGCAGUGCUAGGGGAGCUGAGAGUUUCCAGUGUCACACCUGACUCUGUCCAGCUGCAGUGGAGUGUCCCUGAGGGCUCCUUUGACUCUUUCACACUACAGUACCGGGAUGCCCAGGGCCAGCCCCAGGCCCUGCCCAUUCAUGGAGGGUCCCGAUCAGUGACGGUGCCAGGGCUGUCCCCAUCCCGCCGGUACCGCUUCCACCUCUAUGGGCUGAGGGGCAGGAAGAAGACUGACCGUGUCUCUAUUGACAUUAUCACAGCUAGUGAAGAACCCUUGCCCUCAGAGGAGCCCCAACAGGAGAAGCCCAAAACUGAGUCCCCAGCAUCUGAGGCACUCCCAGCAAGAGCAGUGCUGGGGGAGCUGAAGGUCUCCAGUGUCACAGGCGACUCUGUGCAGCUGCAAUGGAAUGUCGCAGAGGGCUCUUUUGACUCCUUCAUGCUGCAGUACCGGGAUGCCCAGGGCCAGCCCCAGACCCUGCCAAUCGAUGGAGAGUCCCGCUCAGUGAUGGUGCCAGGGCUGUCCCCUUCCCAGCGGUACCGCUUCCACGUCUAUGGCCUGAGGGGCAGGAAGAAGAUUGAUCACAUUUCCACCGAGGUCAUGACAGGAGCUGCAGAAGAGCCAGAGGAACUGCCCCUGCCCACAGCGGAACCGCGGCAUGAGAAACCCCAAACUGAGGCCCCCCCAUCUGAGGCCACUCCAGCAAAGGCGGUGCUGGAAGACCUGAGGGUCUUGAGCGUCACCCCCAGCUCUGUGCAGCUGCACUGGACUGUCCCCAGUGGCUCCUUUGACUCCUUCAUGCUGCAGUACCGGGAUGCCCAGGGCCAGCCCCAGGCCCUGCCUGUUGAUGGGUGGUCUCGCUCGGUGACAGUGCCUGGCUUGUCCCCGUCCCAGCGGUACCGCUUCCACCUCUAUGGGCUGCGUGGAGGCAAAAGGAUUGACCGUGUCUCUACCGACACUGUCACAGCUAGUGAAGAACCCUUGCCCUCAGAGGAGCCCCAACAGGAGAAGCCCAAAACUGAGUCCCCAGCAUCUGAGGCACUCCCAGCAAGAGCAGUGCUGGGGGAGCUGAAGGUCUCCAGUGUCACACCUGACUCUGUGCAGCUGCAGUGGAAUGUCCCAGAGGGCUCCUUUGACUCCUUCAUGCUGCAGUACCGGGAUGCCCAGGGCCAGCCCCAGGCCCUGCCCGUUGAUGGCGAGUCCCGCUUAGUGAUGGUGCCAGGGCUGUCCCCUUCCCGGCGGUACCGCUUCCACCUCUAUGGCCUGAGGGGCAGGAAGAAGAUUGAUCACAUUUCCACCGAGGUCAUGACAGGAGCUGCAGAAGAGUCAGAGGAACCGCCCCUGCCCACAGAGGAACCACAGCAUGAGAAACCCCAAACUGAGGCCCCCCUAUCUGAGGCCACUCCAGCAAAGGCGGUGCUGGAAGACCUGAGGGUCUUGAGCGUCACCCCCAGCUCUGUGCAGCUGCACUGGACUGUCCCCAGUGGCUCCUUUGACUCCUUCAUGCUGCAGUACCGGGAUGCCCAGGGCCAGCCCCAGGCCCUGCCUGUUGAUGGGUGGUCUCGCUCGGUGACAGUGCCUGGCUUGUCCCCGUCCCAGCGGUACCGCUUCCACCUCUAUGGGCUGCGUGGAGGCAAAAGGAUUGACCGUGUCUCUACCGACACUGUCACAGCCAGUGAAGAACCCUUGCCCUCAGAGGAGCCCCAAGAGGAGGAGCCCAAAACUGAGUCCCCAGCAUCUGAGGCACUCCCAGCACGAGCAGUGCUGGGGGAGCUGAAGGUCUCCAGCGUCACACCCAACUCUGUGCAGCUGCAGUGGAGUGUCCCUGAGGGCUCCUUUGACUCCUUCAUGCUGCAGUACCGGGAUGCCCAGGGCCAGCCCCAGGCCCUCCCUGUUGAUGGCGGGUCUCGCUCAGUGACGGUGCCAGGGCUGUCCCCUUCCCGGCGGUACCGCUUCCACCUCUAUGGGCUGAGGGGCAGGAAGAAGAUUGACCAUGUGUCUGCCGAGGUUGUAACAGGCAACCCAGAGGAUCUGCCCCCAUCCUUAAAGGACCCCACAGAUGAGGCAUCCACAACUGAGGCCCCUACAGCUCAGGACCACAAACCUGAGCAUUCCCAAACUGAGGCCCCCUCAGCACAGGCAGUGUUGGGAGAGCUGAAGGUGUCCAGUAUCACACCUGACUCUGUGCAGCUGCAGUGGAGCGUCCCAGAGGGCUCCUUUGACUCCUUCACACUGCAGUACCGGGACGCCCAGGGCCAGCCCCAGGCUCUGCCCAUCGAUGGCGGGUUGCACUCAGUGACAGUGCCAGGGCUGUCCCCUUCCCACCGGUACCACUUCCACCUCUAUGGUCUGUACAGAGGGAAAAGGAUUGACCACGUUUCCAUCAACGUCAGCACAGAUGCAGCAGUGCCAAAGCAGCUGCCCCUACCCUCACAGGAGCCCCAACCCGAAGACACACAACCUGAGCAGCCCCAAACUGAGCAGCCCCAAACUGAGCAGCCCCAAACUGAGGCCAGCCAGGGACACGUGGUGCUGGGGAAGUUGAGGGUCUCCAGUGUCACCCCCAACUCUGUGCAGCUGCAGUGGAGCGUCCCUGAGGGCUCCUUUGACUCCUUCACGCUGCAGUACCGGGAUGCCCAGGGCCAGCCCCAGGCCCUGGCUGUUGAUGGCGGGUCUCGCUCUGUGACAGUGCCAGGGCUGUCCCCUUCCCAGCGGUACCGCUUCCACCUCUAUGGGCUGCGGGACAGGAGGAGGAUUGACCGCGUCACCACUGAUGUUGUCACAGCUGACCCAGAGGAUCUGUCCCUACCCUCGAUGGACACCCCAACUUGGGGCCCCCCAGCUGCGGAUCAUGAAACUUCACAUCCCGAAGCCGAGGCCCCUCCAUCUGCAGCCCCCUCGGCACGGGCAGUGUUGGGAGAGCUGAGAGUCUCCAGUGUCACACCCAGCUCUGUGGGGCUGCAAUGGAGUGUCCCAGAGGGCCGAUUUGACUCCUUCAUGCUGCAGUACCGGUUGGCCCAGGGCCAGCCCCAGGCCCUGCCCAUCGAUGGCGGGUUGCACUCAGUGACAGUGCCAGGGCUGUCCCCUUCCCGGCGGUACCGCUUCCACCUCUAUGGGCUGAGGGGUGGGAAGAAGACUGACCGUGUCUCCACUGACAUCAUCACAGCUGAUGGGGAAGCUGCAGCUGUGCCAGAGGAGCUGCCAGUGCCCUCAGAGGAGCCCCAGAAUGAACAACACCAAACUAAGGCCCCAUCUGCAACCACCCCAGCACGGGCAGUGGUGAAGGAACUGAGAGUCUCCAGUGUCACACCCGACUCUGUGGAGCUGCAGUGGAGAGUCCCUGAGGGCUCCUUUGACUCCUUCACGCUGCAGUACCGGGAUGCCCGGGGCCAGCCCCAGUCCCUGCCCAUUGAUGGCGAGUCCCGCUCAGUGACAGUUCCGGGGCUGUCCCCUUCCCAGCGUUACCGCUUCCACCUCUAUGGGCUGCGGGGCAGGAAGAGGGUCUACCAUACCUCCACUGAAGCUGUUACCGCUGCAACAAACUUGGAUGAGCUACCCAUGCCUUCAGAGGAGUUCCAACCUGAGGACCCCCAACCUAAAGAUCCCCCAGCUGAGUCCCCAUCAACUGACGCCCCCUCGGCACGGGCAGUGCUGGGGGAGCUGGAGGUCUCCAGUGUCACAGGCGACUCUGUGCAGCUGCAAUGGAAUGUCCCUGAGGGCUCCUUUGACUCCUUCAUGCUGCAGUACCGGGAUGCCCAGGGCCAGCCCCAGGCUCUGCCCAUCGAUGGAGAGUCCCGCUCAGUGACGGUGCCAGGGCUGUCCCCUUCCCGGCGGUUCCGCUUCCACCUCUAUGGGCUGAGGGGAGGGAAAAGGAUUGACCGUGCCUCUACUGACAUCGUCACAGCCACAGCCAAGACAGAGGAGCUGCCCCUGCCCUCAGAGGAACCCCAACCUGAGGACCCCAAAGGAAAAGACCCCCCAGCUGAGGCCACUCCAUCUGCGGACCCCCUGGCACGGGCAGUGCUGGGAGAGCUGGAGGUCUCCAGUGUCACCCCCAGCUCUGUGCAGCUGCAGUGGAAUGUCCCUGAGGGCUCCUUUGACUCCUUCACGCUGCAGUACCGGGAUGCCCAGGGCCAGCCCCAGGCCCUGCCCAUCGAUGGCGGGUCCCGCUCGGUGAUGGUGCCAGGGCUGUCCCCUUCCCCGCGGUACCGCUUCCACCUCUACGGGCUGAGGGGAGGGAAAAGGAUUGACCAUGUCUCCACUGAGGCCAUCACUGGCGCCCCAGGGACCCUCUGGGUGGGCUCUGUGUGGCCCCGCAGUGCCUGGCUGCACUGGGACACCCUGCAGGCCCCCCCUGAUGGCUAUGAGCUGGAGUAUGGCCCCCCCGGCGGACCCCAGCAGAGCCUGUGGCUACCUCCUGAGGCUACAUCACAGCAGCUGUGGGGGCUGGAGCCGGCAGGACACUAUGGGGUGCGGUUGUGGGGCCGAGGGGGAGACCCCCAGACAGCCCCCCUCGAGGCCACCUUUGACACUCCCCCCCUCCCGCACCCGCACCCCCGGGACUGCGCCGAGGAGCAGCUGAACGGGCCGGGCCCCUCGCGGGAGACCCUCAUCUUCCUCCGGGGGGACCCGGCCCGGCCCCUCCGCGUCUUCUGUGACAUGGAGACGGACGGCGGCGGCUGGCUGGUGUUCCAGCGCCGCCAGGACGGGAGCACCGACUUUUGGCGGGGGUGGGAGUCAUAUGCCCGCGGCUUCGGCAACGUCAGCGGCGAAUUCUGGCUCGGCAACGAGGCGCUGCACGAGCUGACGAGCGCGGCGCGCACGGAGCUGCGCGUGGACCUGCGCACCGCCCGCGACGCCGCCUUCGCGCUCUACCGCGACUUCGCCGUCGGCGGCGCCGAGGAGCGGUACCGGCUCCGGGUGGGAGCGUUCAGCGGCACCGCCGGGGAUGCCCUCUCCUACCACUCGGGCAGCCCCUUCUCGACACGGGACCGGGACUUCCGAGACCCUCGGGACCGCCGGGACCCCUCGGGGCGGCCCCGGCCCCCACCCUGCGCCGUGGCCUACGGGGGAGCCUGGUGGUACCGCAACUGCCACUACGCCAACCUGAACGGGCGCUACGGGACCCCCCGAGACCACCAGGGCAUCCACUGGUUCCCCUGGAAAGGCUUCAACGUCUCCAUCCCCUUCACCGAGAUGAAGCUGCGGCCGCAGCGUGGCUGAGGGGACUGGGGGGUCCCCUGAGUGCUGGGGCUAAGGAAUACCAGAAUCUGGGGGCCCCCUGGAUGCUGGGGGGUCCCACAUGGGAUCUGGGGCAUUCCAAAGGUGAAACUUUUAUUGGGGGGUAAAUAAAAGCUGAUGGUGACUCCC